GUUAGAUUUUUCUUUGAUCAAUUGUACUUUUAGUAAUUGUAUGAAACAAUCUAGCACAUAUCAAAUAUCAUAUCGAAUCUUCUUUUUUUAACAAUUUUCGUAUAUAAGUACUCGAUCGUACUAGACUACUAGCUAGGCCUUAUUAAAAUACAGGUUGGGUUGUUAAUGAACAAUUCAACCCUCCAUCUCGAUCAGUGUUGACCAUUUUUGUGUCAAAACCCAUUUGUUCGGGUUAAAUAUAACAAGGCUUUUGAUGCUAUUUCAUGUGUUAUAAAUUAAUAAAUUAAUAAAUUAAAUACGAUAAAUUACAAGUUAGUAUUAUCUCUCACUUAUUCGAUUCAUUAAAUUUUUUUUGGAGGGCUGUUUUGAAGGUAACAAACAACAAUAAUUCAUUAAUUUGUAUGACCUCAGUUGCAUUAUAAAAAACAAAAAUAGUAAUCUCAUAUUUUAAAAAAUAAUACUCACAAAAAAAUAGCAAUAAUUUCGUACGCCGUAUAUGACAAGCCCACAACUCCUAUUCACGUCCUCACCCCAAUUUCCUCACCCCCUACAAACCUUUCUUUCAAUAAACAUCACUUUGUCACUUCUUAACAACUACCAACCGUUUUUCCCGCAAUUUCCCUCUCUUCUUCCUCAUCCCCUGUUCCCCCGCCACAACAACCACCACAACAUUACAGCCUAAUUUCCUUCCACCACUACAACACCGCCGGAAAACCGUCUUUUACAAUCCAUUUCCUUCAAAUUUCCUGUCGCCGGUACAAUACCGCCGGAAAACCGAAGAGUUACAAACCUUUCAAUAAACAUCACUUUGUCACUUCUUAACAACUACCAACCGUUUUUCCCGCAAUUUCCCUCUCUUCUUCCUCAUCCGCUGUCCUCCGCCAUAACAACCACCACAAAAUUGCAGUCAAAUUUCCUUCCACCAGUUACAACAUCGCCGGAAAAUCGUCUUUUGCUAUCCAUUUCCUUCAAAUUACCUGUCGCCUUUACAAUCGCCGGAAAACCACCAACCGUUUUUCCCGCAAUUUCCCUCUCUUCUUCCUCAUCCCCUGUUCCCCCGCCACAACAACCACCACAACAUUGCAGUCAAAUUCCUUCCACCAGUUAUAACACCGCCGGAAAACCGUCUUUUAAAAUUCAUUCCUUCAAAUCCCCUGUCGCCGGUAAAAUACUGCCGGAAAACCUCCUUUCUGAGUCUCUGAUGCUUCCUAUAUCAGACACCACCUCUCUCCUCCACCACCACCCUUGCUUAAUCCUCCUCUCCACUUUCCUCCUCCUUCAACUCCUCCUCCUCUUCUCCUUCUCCGGUCAACGACCACCGUUCCUCUUCUCCUCCCCCACCCCUCUCCCCGUCACCAUCUCCACCUCCACCUCCACCUCCACCACCACCACCGAACAAUGCGACCUCGGAAAAAUCUUCGUUUACGACCUCCCACCACAAUUCAACACCGACCUCUACACAAACUGCGAUAAGUCAAGCCCAUGGGGGUCCUGGUGUGGGGCCCUCUCAAACGACGGUUUCGGCAAAAAAGCGACACAAAACGUUCAAAUAAUGCCGGAAAAACUCGCCGACGCUUGGUACUUCACCGAUCAAUUCGCCUCCGAAGUUCUGUUCCAUAACCGAUUACUCUCCCAUAAAUGUCGCACCCUUGAACCGGAAUCUGCUACUGCAUACUACAUCCCGUUUUACGCCGGAAUUGCCGUCGGAAAAUAUUUAUACUCCGAUUACGGCCCGAAAGAAAGAGACCACCAUUGCGAAAUGAUGCUUAAAUGGGUCGGGUCGGAGUAUCCAUAUUUUAACAAAUCCAACGGUUGGGAUCAUUUUCUUACCAUGGGGAGGAUCACAUGGGAUUUCCGACGUUAUAGUGAUCAAGAUUGGGGUUCAAAGUGUAUAAAUCAACCGUUGAUGAUGAAUGUUACACGGUUGUUGAUCGAGAAAAAUAUUUGGGACUAUUUCGAUGUUGGUGUACCUUACCCCACUGGAUUCCACCCUAAUAGCCAAGACGACGUCGUUUUAUGGCAGGAUUUUGUUAAGUCGCGUGAGCGACACUCUCUCUUCUGCUUCGCCGGUGCGACUCGGGGAUGGGUUGCUAACGAUUUCCGGGGAGUUUUACUGAGUCAAUGCAGGAACUCGUCCGAGUCAUGCCGAGUCGUGGACUGUAGCGGUAAUAAGUGUUCUAACGGAACGUCUCGAAUCCUCGAAACGUUUCUUGACUCGGAGUUUUGCUUACAGCCUAGGGGUGAUAGUUACACGCGUCGGUCUAUAUUUGACUGUAUGUUGGCCGGUUCGAUACCGGUUUUUUUCUGGAGGCGGUCGGCUUAUCUUCAAUAUGAGUGGUUUUUACCGGGUGAACCGGAAAGUUAUUCGGUUUUUAUUCACCGUGAUGAGGUUAAAAAUGGGACGUUGGUAAGAAGUGUGUUAGAAAAGUUUAGUAAAGAGGAGGUAAAAAAGAUGAGGGAAAAAGUUGUGGACUUUAUUCCUAGGUUUAUUUAUGCAAAACCUAAUGAAGGUUUAGGGAGUAUGAAGGAUGCUAUUGAUGUUGCGGUUGAUGGUGUUUUAAAGAGAGUUAAGGAAAAAAGAGAGCAUGAUCUUAACAUGUAAUUAGCUUAGAGAUGAGUAAACGACUAAAUGUGUAUAAUCAUACGCUAUACUGCUAUAGUGUUACAUACAAGAAUAGUGUCCACUUUAUAAAGUGAUCGGUAACAGUUAUAUUUUCUAGUCGAGCCAGAUCAACCAUGAAUAUGUUUGGGAGUUGCUCAAGCGUUAGAUAUACGUAGUUGAGCUGACUAAUUUGAAAGAGGCGAUGACUAGUAGGGUAACUGUUACAUAUUUUAUGAACUAAUACGUAAAUGAUCAUUUUUAAUGAUGUCGUAUAUUUAUCUUUCCUUCUUGCAAUGUUUUCAAUACGAGAAAAACAUUGUUUCAUUCAA